AUGAUGAAUUGUUACAGGGAGAUGGAGGGAGGAGGAGAGACAGGGGGAGACAGAUAUAAGAGAGGAGGAGACAGGGAGGAGGAGGGAGUGAGACAUCCACACUGGAUGCGAGCGAGCAUCAAAUCCUCUGACAACGUGACGUCCACGAGGCUGGGAAGAGGGAAAACGCGUGGAAUGACGGGAAAUGUGGCAGUGUGGCUCCCGGCUGGGCUCGGUGUGGGGCUGCUGUGUGUGACCUGCGCCUCAGCGGAGAUUAGCGGUGACAGCGGAGUGGCUGAUGGGAGCUCUACCUGAGCAGGUGUGUUUGGAAGCUAGCUCGCGCACCCACCCAGCCCUCCUCCUGUUCCUCCACCUCGCACCCAUGAAGUUUUCGGUCGUCCGCGCGCCGCUGCACCCCUCUCACGGACAAUGACGACGUCUCGCAGGUGCAGGACCCUGCUGUCAGUGAGCUUGAACUUCUUCGCCCUGUUUUUCUCCAUCACCGCCUUCAUAACGACGUACUGGUGCGUGGGGACCCAGAGGGUGCCCAAGCCGAAGUGCAGCAAGCUGCGGACACACCAGUGCAUCGACUACGGAGUGAACGAGACGGACCCGAACAAGGUGGUGUACAGCUGGGAGACCGGGGACGACCGCUUCCUGUUCAGACAGUUCCACACCGGCAUCUGGUUCUCCUGCGAGGAGAACAUCAACGAUGAAAGUGAGAUGUGCCGAAGCUUCAUCGACUUGGCCCCUGCAUCAGAGAAAGGGAUGCUGUGGCUGUCGCUGGUGUCUGAGAUGUUGUACAUUGUUCUGCUGGUGGUGGGCUUCAGCCUCAUGUGUCUAGAGCUGUUCAACUCCAGCAACGUCAUCGAUGGACUCAAGCUCAAUGCCUUCGCUGCCGUCUUCACUGUGCUCUCAGGUCUUCUUGGCAUGGUGGCUCAUGUGAUGUACACACAGGUCUUCCAAACCACUGUCAGCCACGGCCCUGCUGAUUGGAGGCCCUACAACUGGGACUACGGCUGGUCCUUCUGCAUGGCAUGGGCGUCCUUCACCUUCUGCAUGGGUGCGUCAGUCACCACCUUCAACUCCUACACGAAAACUGUCAUCGAGUUCAGGCACAAACGCAAGACCUUUGAGCAAAGCAUACGCGAGGAGAACGCACGGGAGGCCUUCGGAUAUUUCCGGGAACACUCCGUGCACUCCAUCUCCAAAUCGGUGGAGGUUUAUUCCAGCCAGACCCCAAAAAGCGGCAGGAAAACCCCUAUUCCUGCAGACUCUCUGGACCUGACGGACAUUGCAGCAUCUCUGGGGGAAGAACAGUGCUGAACGGGACAGGACAGCAGGCAGUGGGAUUACUCUUGAUGUGGGUGAAAACAGGAUGAAAACCUUACAGGAUCUUAGACUACAUCAUUAGCUCCAUCUUUUUAACACUGCCUUAAUCGUGGGUGUGUCGUUGGCUUCAGUAGUCACACCGGAGUUUCAAACUAUUAAUAACUGGGGAAGAAUGAACAAUCUCAUGGAUGAAGGUGUUUUUUUCCCACAAUGUAGAUUGUAGAAAUAUACCCAUUGAAGUAGAGUGAGGGUCUCUCAGAUCAACUAGCCUUAUUAAAUCAAUAAAUCAAUGCAAAGACAGGGUGACAGUAUAUCUGGUUUUCAUUAAUGAUGAAAUAAAGCCACAGAUUCUUCUCUGCAAAUGACGUGCCUACAUUUCUAAAUUGUAAAUAAGUUGUGGAAUGUAAGUGUGCAGUAUUUUUGUACAUAGAACAGUUCUGUAAAAUUGUCUCAUUUUUGUUUUGGAUGUUAACAAUCAGUAACUUUUAUCAUCUCACAUGCUGCAACGUGCAUUUUCAAAACACAUCUGUGUUAAUAACAUCAGGAAAAACUGAUGGAGAAACUCGUCAGGAACAAUCAACCGACAGUGUAGCGUCACACAUUGGCAGUUAAGUUUGUCAUUUUCAUUCGAUGUCUCUGCUUUGAUUGGAGGAAAAUAAUAAUGCUGUGAAAAUGUCUCUUUUCAGAGUGUUUCAGGAGAAUAUACUGGAUAUUAAAGUCAUUCUCCACUCAAAAAUGUGUUUUCUGUUGGUCCUGGCAGCGAUCUUCUCAGAGAUUGUCUUCACCCUGCGUUUGUCUUUCAGGCUACAAAUAUGCUCUGAUUGCGGGCAGAUUUUACCUUAAACCCUAAUUGAAAGAGUGCAGGCAAGACUCAGUUGUAACAAAAAAAUCCCCAAACUAAUAUUUUUUAAUUGAUAAUCAAUAUAUAUUAUCUGAGAAGAGUUUAGAAUGUUAACUGUCAUUGGGGAAAAUUCCUCUGUGCUCACCUACAAGUCUGAUUUUAAAAUGUGCAUGUACUGCAGUAUCUUGUGACAAGACAAUGUUUAAAGCCAAUAAAGAUACGAUAUGCAACUCAUACAAUUAUAAUGUGAAAACAUACACUGGCCAAUGGUCCUCUCAGUUAAGUAGUGGAGAUCUUGCAUCCACUUUCAAUUGUGGGGAAAAGGAGUGGAUAUUAUUAUUACAAGUAGUUAAGUUAAUUAUAUUUUCUCAGACACAACUUAUUUUUAUGUCUGAAAACAUCUUGAGGGAUCUUUAAUGACUGACUGUAAUGUUUGACAAGACGGUCAUUGUGUGGUGGAACCCCAUGUCUAAUCUGUAGUGUUGUGUUCAUAAUGCCUAUAGAUGGCAGUGUUGUCUCAAUGAACCAUGUGUGCAAAAUGACAUUUAACUCAUUUAAUGAUGGUGACUACUUUCUUGGUUUAGUUGUUUGUUAAUGUAAUGCACUGAAUAAUGAUAACUUUAUUUUUGUCAUUUAUUUACUUUCUUUAAUCUAAAUUUCUUAUUUUAUCUACAUUUCACAGAGAAUAUUUACAGUAUUAGCAUCUUAUGUUUAUGAUACACAAAAUACAUUAUAAAUGGCACAAGAUCAUGCCUGGUGUAUGUAUUAGGGUUGAGCAAGUCUGCGAGUGUGAGUAUCCACGUCUGUACUCUUAAUGAUCUUAAAUCCUCUUGGGCGGCCGACUAAAGUUUAUUUAUUCAAGUUUUUUAAAAAAAGCAAAUAGUCUAUUUAAUAAAUAAUAAAUAUAAGAACUUUUGAUCAACCUUUAUCAGUUUCAGGCUUAAAUUAACAGCUUCUUUUGAUUUUUUUGAGCACAGAUACAGAAGUAAUUAAGUAGUUUGAAGAGACACAGAUGGUGAUGGUGUGCUCGCUCAUCCUGUGCUCCACUUCAAAUUAACCCUACAAGGCUCGUACACUGUCAAUAGAAACAUACUGUUCAAAUGUACUUGUUCAAAAGGUGCAUGAAGAGGUGGACCGGCCCUCUCUCCUGGUCCUGCUACAGCAGCUGUUUUAGUUCUUUGCUCUCCUGCAGAACAUCAGGACUAAAUGUAUUGCAAUUUAAAAAAAAAAAAAAAAAAAAUCACCCAAUUUCUGAACUUGGAACUGAUUUU